AAUACUUCCCUGGCUAUCAAACAUAACCAUAUUUUCCAGGUCCUAUAAUCUACAGCAAUGGCAGAGUCUCAAACCUCGCAAGCCGUCAAUGGGAUAGAAGACGACAGGUUUGAGCAGGAUCUGAAAGAAAUGCUGCGAGAUGGACCAGUCCUUAAUGACAGCAGCUCCACUGUCCAGAGUGGGGCCAUGACUAAGGUGGACAGUGUGGGUCCAGCCAGCAUAAAACCCCCUCUGUACACAGCAGGCAUGCAGAGAUCACAGACCUUCCCUACAUCUACUGGUAGUCCCAAUAUGUCUGCAAGAAAUGGUGGAGGGACCAACCCCCCACGUCCGUUUUCUCAGACGGCUUCCUCCAAACUGGAUAGUAUCAAAGAGUGGAGUCUCAACACAUUCAAGUGCACCAAACAGCUGUUAGCAGAGCGCCUGGGCAAGGGCUCUAGGACGGUAGAUCUGGAAUUAGAAUCAAAAAUAGAAGUACUGAGAGACACACAGAGAAGAUAUUCCAAUGUGUUAAAGUUGUCACGUGCUCUGACCAAUCAUUUUUAUCAUGUUGUGCAAACACAGAGGGCGCUAGGGGAGGAUUUCGCGGAGCUUGCGCAGAAGUCGCCAGAGUUGCAGGAGGAGUUCAAUUAUAACAGUGAAACGCAGAAAGCUUUGGUCAGAAAUGGUGAAACACUACUAGGUGCUUUGAAUUUCUUCACCUCCAGCAUCAACACCCUGAUCAACAAGACAAUGGAAGAUUCCUUGGAAACCAUUAAGCAGUAUGAAGCUGCAAGGAUUGAGUAUGAUGCCUAUCGCACAGAUCUGGAUACCCUGCAGUUGGGACCAAAGAACCCACAGACCAUCCCAAGGCUUGAGGAGGCCAAGAGAAAGUUCCAGCUCCAUAAAGACAAGUUUGAUAAACUACGAGAAAAUGUGUCCGUUAAGUUGCAGUUCUUAGAUGAAAAUAAGAUCAAAGUGAUGCACAAGCAGCUGUUGUUGUUCCACAAUGCCAUAUCUGCCUACUUCUCGGGGAACCAGUCAGCUUUAGACACCACUCUGAAGCAAUUCAAUAUCAAACUGAAACCAACAGGGGAUUCCCCCUCAUGGCUGGAGCAGUGAGCUCACUGUGGUGGUUUCUCUCACCUUUGUUGCUGAAGAUGAUUCUUUGGAGCUGGAGUCUAGGUUAAAACUUCAUGGAAUAAUGGAGCAGCAGCUCCCUUUUUUUUUUUUUUUUUUACGCCCUUCUUUGCCAGAGUUGAGUACAUGGCAGGAAGAGCACAGGAAUUAAACAUUAGCAAACACAAAGACGUUACAAAUAAUGAUCUGUAUGAUAUCUUGGACAUAAUAUUGUGAUUUUGUCCACAAUGAUGCUAACAGACAACCUUACACAGAGUUCCGAUGGACCAGGCUGCAGUCAACCCUUACACUGAACUUUCACUUCUAUAUCAGUUGAUUACAUUUGAUUAAACAGCUUUAAUUUAUAUGCCAUUGUGCUCCAUUUUAAUGUGAUGAUGCAAGCUCCAAGUUCAGAGUGAUAACUUGGAAGAAAAGAUACAUGAAUAAUACAGUUAUUCUUGAUCAAGCUCCGAGUUCAGAGUGAUAACUUGGAAGAAUAGACAUAUGAAUGAUACAGUUAUUCUUGAUAUUUGAAUGAAAUAUGAAGAGGUUAUCUGUCUGUGUCUUUAUUUGACUGAAAGUGACUUUUUUUUUUUGCCUUGUUAGAUGCUGAACUUUUUUCACCCAGUCUUUUCCAAAAUUUUAUCAGGUGUUUAUUGUUAUGAUAUGUGAUUAUAUUGCAUUAUUUAUGGGUACGUCACUGUUAUGGACUUUGUUACAUGCAUUCAAGUUGCAGUCUGUUAAUUUUGUUGCAUAAGAUGUUUUCGUGUCAGCUCUUUUAUUCUCCAAGAAAGAUAAAAUUAGUUGAAAUAAAGUUGGUGGUCAUAGUAAAAAUUAACGUCCAAUGUAAAGUGCAGGCACAUAUAUCUAGGCUGUGCCCAUUGGUUAAUAUCUUAUCAAACCAGGUGAAAUAUUCAUAUUAAAUAUGUGUACAUAGCUUUGUUAAAAUGCAGAUUGGUGUAGAUAUCAAGUGAUUUCUAAGAUGUGAUGAAGCCAGUGUAUUCCAAGCACCUGUCGUGUUCAGAGCAGGAGAAUUAGUUUUAGGUGGGAAGGGGGGAGGUUAAGUGGUGUCCCAUUGUUGACAAAUAUUCAAGACUGAUUGAUGAGUGCUUACUUCAUUCAAUUUAUUUCUGAAGUCAGAGAUACUAAAUGCUGAAGCUGUCUCCUGGUCUCUUUCAUAGUUAGGGUUAGUAUUCUGGACAGACAAUCUUUGAUAGAUGCAUUUUGUUUUUUAAUUAAGUUGAUGUGGCUAUGGGUUUUUAGAGGGUUCUUGUUUGUUGUAGGUUGGUAAAGUGGUGGUGAUUAGAGAUAAAAUCUAUAUAAUUUGUCAUCUGUGUCUUUUAAUUACGUCAUUUCUUAAGUACAAUGUACAUUAAAGACUUACAAAAUCAUAUGAUUGACAUUAGCAGUAAUUAACAACUUUUGGGUACAAAUUCAACUGUGAAAUUAUUUGUAGUCUAUUUGAAAUUUUGCUCUUAGAAAUUGACGAAUGGUUGUGACAAAAAAUGUAAAGUCUGUUUUGCCAGUAUUUCUUUGUUGUCAAUAAUUCUAUUUCUUUAGAAAUGGUUCUGUUAAAAAUCUUGUGAAGUAUUAAAGUCUGCCCCCAACCUCUUCCUGGUAGAAUUUGCUUCCCUGGAGAAUACUGUAGCAGCUGUUGUAAUGUACAAAGUUUUGUGUGAGAAACGAUACUGGAUUUUGGUGGGAAACAGUUAUAAUUUUAGUUGAAAAAUGAUGAAUGUAUUGAUAAGUGUUGUAAUGACAAUUAAAAAAGGGAUAAUUGCAAUAUAAGUCUGCUAGUUUGUUAUAGGAAGUUUUGGUAGACUUUCAGUCCUUGCUUUUGAUACUGUUAUUUGUGAUUGCUUUAUUUCAAUUUACUUAUAUUUUUUUGAUAAUCAUUAUAUAUUCUUUAUAAUUCAGUUGCAUGUAUGGAUGCCAUACAUUGUACAUAGAUAUGCCACGUUUACAAACGGUCAAUAAAUAACAGAUGGGUUAA